AUCAGAAUCCAUCGAGUUUGUCAGGUUUGUCAGCCAGCAAACUCAAAGGCGUUUUGGCUGGACGCCUGAUUAGAAUUGUAAUUUGGAUGCUUACACGGUCUUACGAAUCAGGGACCAAGCAUCUCAAAAUUUCUCCGACUAACCAACGAGCCAAGGAGCUAGCAAGCUGGCGCAGAGCUGUCAGUUCCCUGGUUGGAUGCAAGGGCUCAGCCGCUUUCUUAGCGCUGGGGUUUAUUUUGGGUGUCUCAGCCCUGUAGACUAACUGCUUUGGCUUUAGUGUUGAAGAAGAACGGUGGAACACUGCAGAGUCUCGAAUUCUUGAUUUCUCCCCGGAUGCGCUCGGCGUUCCUUGUCGCGGAGUUUUGGUCAUGAUCUCAAACACCAUGACUGGGAUUCGAGGCGAACGUCGUUGUUUGUCGAGUUUCUCGACUUACGAUAGAUAUCACUCAGAAUGCUAUCUGCUUUCUUCGACGGACAACCUUUACUCUUCCUUCGAUCCCAAACCCAGCCGCAGGGUCCACUGGAGAACCCUGGAGCUCUUGGGGGCCGAAUGCGCAGCACAACCUACUAGAACCCAACUGGCAAGAAGCUGUUUACUGAUCAUCCUAACCGGAGACUAACUCUUUCAGAGCGCUGCAAACCUGUAGUUUGACUAAGGCCAUCCGCCUCCCAUCCUUCUGUCAGCCUCCACAGCCUGCCCGCUAGUCCGGCUGCUUAGUAGCUCCCAGGAAUAGGCUAUAGCACAGCCCUACAGUUAUACUAUUUUCACCGCAGCUUUGGAGAUCGGUAUAGCAUCAAGUCCAAGAAGAAAAGCUAUAUAAGGAGGGCUUUGUCGCUGGGUUUUUGGAAUAUCAUCAACAGCAUCAAACAGCCUCUCAAGCAUUCUACAGUCUAAUCAUCCAUCUUCAAUCUUCUCACCACUACUCUAAUCUCUAAUCUUCUCUCCUCAACAACCAUCAAAAUGCGCUUCAUCACCAGCAUCUCUCUUCUCGCCUCCACCGCCCUUGCCAUCCCAACGGGCCCCUCCCCUUCUGGCUAUCCCGCCCCAGUCCCCUCCACAACCCCUGCCUCAAUCGACGACCUUCUCCCCCCAGUCGUUCCCAUCAACACCCGAUCCGGCAACGAAGAGCUCAUCCAAAAGCUCAUUCUCGCCCCCACACAACAAGACCGAGCGAAACUCCUCGACCAGCCCGGCGACUACAUCUUCGACUUCAACGAGGCCGGCGCUCCCGAAUCCUCUGAAGCAAAGGGCCUCGGCGGCUUCUCUAUCGCCGCACACGCAAAAACCCUUCCUAGUCUCAUCGGCAACGACGCCGCGAUGACCCUCGGCUUCCUGGGCCCCUGCGGCAUGAACACUGCACACGUGCACAACCGCGCGACGGAACUCAACGUCGUCGUCAAGGGCCGCCUCGUCACAAACUUCGUUCUCGAGAACGGCGCCGCCCCCAUCGAAAACACCCUCUCGCUCUACCAGAUGGCCGUCUUCCCGCAGGGUGCGAUCCACCAGGAAUUCAACCCCGACUGCGGUGAGACCGUCUUCGUUGCUGGAUUCAACAGUGCCGAUCCUGGUGUCUCGCAGGUCGCGCAGAACUUCUUCUCGCUCCGCAAGGAUGUUGUCCAGGCUACCCUUGGUGGAAUCCAGACGCUCAACGGCCAGGAUCUCGAGAGUUUCCGCGAGAUGAUCCCUGCCAACAUUGCUCUCGGCAUUGAGGCUUGUCUUGCCAAGUGUGGCCUGCAGAAGAAUGAGAAGAGGGAUGUGCGCGAGUUGAUGUAAAGGGCUUUUCCUUUUCGUUUAUGGGUUUUCUUUCAGUCAAUGGAUGGGUUAAUUGCAUUAGAUGGCAUGGGCAAUGUCUCGCAUGAUAGAUGGAUGUCUUCUUGGGAUUGUUUUCUGAUUUUCUUCUCUUUUCUUUGCUUUGCUUUGACUAGCGCUCGCAGAUUGGUAUAUAUAUAUCUUACUCGUGAUAAUAGAAAUGCUCCUCUUAUAUACA